AUGAUUUAAAAUUGUGGAAUUUGUUUCUAAGCAGAAAAUAUUGUAAAAAUAGAAUGCGGACAUAUUUAUUGCAAGUCUUGCUUGAAUUAAAUGUUUUUUAAUAAAGGAAAAGUUAAUCUAGACAAUUUUAGUUGUCCUCUUGAUGAAUGUAGAUAAAAAUUAACUGAAAAAACCGUAUCUUUAUUUGUUGAGGACUUUUAAACGCAAUAUGAACAAUAUUUAAAAUAAGGUGUGUUAUUUGGAUUAAAAGAUAAUGAGAAAAUGAUUUUUUGUUUUAAUAUCAAUUGUAAUUCAAGUUUUAUAAUAUGGAAGGAUGCAGGUAUCUUAAAUAUCAAUAUACAUGAGAUACUUUUCAAUGUCCAUAUUGCAAAUUGUAGUAUUGCUUAAAAUGCAAGAUUUAGAGACACGAGGGUUUAAAGUGUAUUCAAGCAUUAAGAUUGAAUCAGCUAAGUAAAACUAGAGUAAUAUUUUUGGAAUCAGUUAAACAGUCUAAAAUGCAAUAAAUUUGUCCACAUUGUCUCAUAGUUGUAGAAAAGAUUAAAGGUUGUAAUUUUAUGACAUGCAAAUCGGAAGCUUGUAAAUCUAAAAAAUACUUCUGUUUCAGAUGUGGAGAAUCCUUAGAACUAUUUGAAUAAAGCAGUCAUUUUUAAAACGGGAACUCUUUUUAAGGAUAAUGCAAUCUAAAAGUAAAUGGCAAAUGGUUUGAAGUAGAUUAAUUGCCUAAAAAUGUUAUUCCUUGUCCUAGCUGUUUAAAUGUGGACCCUUAAAAAAGUAAAAUAGAAGGCAAUCUUUUAAUAUGCAAUAGUGAAAAGUGCUCUGAUAAAAUAUACUGUCAUAUUUGUAAAUUGAAACUAAAUGAUAAAAAUAUUUUAGAUCAUUUAGAACCUCACAAUAAAAAAACAAAAAAUUCUUUUUGGAAUCCCUUUUCGAAUUUUUUUGCUAAAUGA